AUGUAUAAAACUAAUCUUUCUCCCAAGCCUACCCCACCUCCCAAAAAGGAUAAAAGACAAAACAAUCCUCGGGACUCGCCUCACCAGACUCCACCAUCAUCCUCCCAAACAAGGCAAAGCUCAAGCCGCGAAGCUAGAGCGCAUCCAAGCCAGUGCCGCACCCCGGAUCCCUCCGCUGCAGCACCCACAGAUCAGUCUCCCACCGAGGCUUCUACCUCUUCAACGCAGAGGCGUGCAGCCCAAGUCUACAAUUGGCCGCCUCAACCGCCAAUCACAGCCCCCCCGACCGCUACCGCCAACACAGACCUAGCAGCUCAAGCUAGCGCUUGGCAGUACUGGCUAGCAAACUCAGCCCCGCAGGCAGCACCUCCUAGCCCGGAGGCCGCAGCUCAAUCAAGCGCCCAGUUGACAGAGUUACCGAACACGGCCCCACCGGCGGUCUCCUCCAGCCCGGAGCUAGUGACGCCAGGAAGCGCCCAGCCGCAAUGGCCGCCGAACACAGUCCCUUCCGGUCCCGACGCCGCAGCCCAAGCAAGAGCUUGGCAGUACUGGCUGUACCACACAGCCUCGCCGCCAGUCACCACUAGUUCGGGGUCCGCGGCCCAAGGAAGCGCUAGGCCACAAUGGCCUCCAAACAUAGACCCGACACCCGCCCCUUCCAGCUCGGGGCUCGCGGCUCAAGCAAGUGCUAGGCUGCACCCACUGCUAUACCCAGCCCCGCCACUAGUCACCAGCAAGUCACCACCAGUCUCUAUUCUCCAGGCAAAAUCCCCAUACUCACUUUUCUCUGCCAAACCCAUGGCCGCCCCACCUAAUGCCGUCGCCGCUGAACCCCCCCAAGUGGCUCAUAACAUCUGA